AUGAAUCAGUAAUCAUCAUUAUAAAUCAAAAUAAUUUAAUAGAUUCCAAAGGAUAAGGGAGUAUUCUUGUUGACUGAGGAAACUUUUGAUGAUUUCAUUAAUUGGAAUAAUCUCACAUUCGUGUGUUUCCACAAUAACAACUAAGCUAAGCCUACUAAUUACUUUGGCAAGUUUAAUGUUGACUCUAUUACAACUUGGAUUCAUAAAAAGACUGGCAUUCCUUCGAAUAAGAUUGAGAAUCAUCAGCAGCUAAUUGUUAAGUCAAGGCAAAUUGAUAGUUUAGUAGUCUAUUUCGGGCCAUUAAGUAUAAAGAAAUAUGGGUAAUAUCUUGAGGUAGCAAGAGACUUUAUGCAGCAAGAUGAUAUAGAUUUCUCUCAUAUUGAUACUAAUCAAUAUUCUUAAAAUGAACUUGAGCUCUUGAAUCUUGAGGGAUAUAAUGAAAGAGGCUACUAAGUCAGAGUAUAUCGAAGAAGAAACCUUAGAGAUUACAAGGAUUACAAGGACGAUUCACUUGAUUUCGAGAAACUUUAGGCUUUUAUUAUCUAGAGUACUUUUGUUGGGCCAGGUCCUGAUAUUGUAAGAGAGCUAAGCACUGAAAAUGCUAUGAAGAUAUUCACUUAUAAUAAACCUGUUCUCCUUUUGUUCAGAAAUACUAGUUCAUCAGAUGUUAGAUACUAUCAUAGCUAGUUAUCAGAAGCAUAUGAGGAGAUUUAGAAUAAGAUUCUAGUAGUUCUUGCAGACAUCAAUAGCAGCAUUACUCAAAAGAUUGCUCUUCUUGUGGGAUUGGAUGUUGAAAAGGAUCAUUUCCCUUAGAUUAGAAUCCUUGACCCUAACCCUGGCAAAUCAGUUGUACUAAAGUAUGUUUACAAUUAAGAUAAUAUUGAGAAAGAUAAAAUUAUUGCUUUUGUUAAUGACUUUGUAAGUGGAAAGUUAUCUUCAUACAAGAAAAAUGAAUUAGAGCCUAAAUCUAGAUCUGGAUAUGUGACAGCACUUAACAGUCAAAAUUAUGAAAAGAUAAUAUAUGACAAAGAAUUAGAUGUUUUUGUGAUGUUUGUUGGUGGAGGACUUUGCAAACUAUGCGAUGACUUCUGGCCAGUAUAUGUAAAAGCAGCUAAAGUCCUUAGCAGAACUAACGGACUAAUCUUUGCUACAAUAAAUAUGGCGUUGAAUGAAAUUGACGAUACAAGUGUAUAUUACUAUCCAACAGUUAGAUAUUACCCAAAGGAUUCUAAGUAUAGGCCUUAUGAUUAUGAUUAAGGCUUAGAUCUGAAUGAUGUAAUUAAAUUCGUAAAAAGAGUUGCUUCUGUGACACCAGUUGUUGAAGAUUAUGCUGUCUUGAUUGAAGAAAAAAAGUAAGAAUAAUUGAAGCAGGAUGCUAGUGAUAGUAAAGAAGCUGAAAAUGCUAGUAAGGAAGAGGUUUUUGUUAGAUAAGAAUUGAGGGAUCAAAAUGAAUUAAGAGCUGAGGAUUUGUGA